CUCACUAGAAAGGUUCAUAGUGUUCAACACGGAAGUAUCUUCAAUAAGUCAGGAUUUGCAGAAGGACCAGAAGGAGCAAAAUCAGGUUUUGCGGAAGGAGCGACAUGGAGAGCUGGAUUUCGAUGCCGAAGAUUGAACUCCAUGCCCACCUUAAUGGGUCAAUCAGGGACUCCACUCUGCUAGAGCUUGCAAGAGAUUUGGGUGAAAAGGGUGUCAUUGUAUUCGCAGAUGUGGAGCAUGUUAUCCUGAAAAAUGAUCGUUCCUUAUGCGAAGUGUUCAAGUUAUUUGACUUGAUUCAUAUUCUUACCACUGAUCAUGCAACUGUUACGAGAAUUACUAAAGAAGUUGUCGAAGAUUUUGCAUCUGACAAUGUAGUAUAUCUGGAAUUAAGAACCACCCCAAAGAAAAAUGAUUUGAUUGGAAUGAGCAAACGCUCUUACAUGGAAGCUGUGUUGGAAGGACUAAGGGCUGUUAGUGCUGUUGACAUUGAUUUUGCGCCUAAAAAUAUGGAUACCACUAGCCCCAUGACUGCUAUAACCAAGAGUAACGCAUGUAACGGAACCAUAAAGAAGAAAAUAUAUGUUAGACUUCUUCUCAGCAUUGACCGUCGUGAGACAACUGCAGCUGCGAUGGACACUGUUAAGCUUGCUCUGGAAAUGAGAAGAUUAGGGGUUGUUGGUAUAGACCUUUCUGGAAAUCCUAAUGUCGGUGAAUGGACCACCUUUUUGCCUGCGUUAGAAUUUGCUCAGCAACAGGGUCUUCAAGUAACUCUUCACUGUGGAGAGGUUCCUAAUAGAAAGGAGAUUCAGGCCAUGCUGGACUUUCUUCCGCAGAGAAUUGGCCAUGCUUGUUUCUUUGAAGAGGAGGAUUGGAUAAAGUUGAAAUCAUCUAAGAUUCCGGUCGAAAUCUGCUUGACAUCUAACAUCAGGACUGAAUCAAUUUCCUCGAUAGAUAUUCACCAUUUUGCUGAUCUGUAUAACACUAAACAUCCUUCAGUUCUGUGCACUGAUGAUUCGGGGGUUUUCUCCACGAGUCUUUCAGAGGAGUACAAGCUUGCUGCUUCUACAUUUGGUCUUGGCAAGAAGGAAAUGUUUGAGCUAGUGAAAAAUGCAAUCGAGUUCAUAUUUGCUGACGUUGAAGUGAAGCAGGAUUUGAAAGAGAUUUUCAAUUUAGCUGCAAAGAAAUGGGAUCUAUGAAUACUUCAUCUAGAGGAGCAUAUGCAUUUCCUGGUAGAAAGAAUAAAAUAUUAUACUGAAAUUUCUAAUCUAUCUUUUGAUGCUAAUAUGUAUGGUCAAUGACCAAGUCAUUCCAAGGAACUGGCAGCUGGCCAUUCCCCUCCUGUAAUGUGGCUUAUUCUUGCUUAAAUAACAUCUACUGGGAUUCCUUUUGUUAUGGGAAAUCAGAGCAAUUAAUCAAUAUGCUUUAGCAUGUAUUCUAA